AUGGGCUCCUCAGGCUCGCUCGCCGCUUGCACCGUCCUCGUCGUCGCCUCCUCUGCGUGCGGCGACGGCAGGGACUUCAUCGCCGCGAUGCUGCUGCCGCUCGGGGCGGGGGCUCUGCUCUCCGCGUCGGCGCAAGGCACAGAUAAUGAGCUGGCCCUCUCGGCGCAGCAGCAAAAGCUGCUCGCCGCGUUGGAGGCCGCCGACCUCGCCAAGCAGGAGAUCGCACCGGCACCGGCACCGGCCGACGGUGGUCGGCGCCAGCCCAAAGCGGGCGACGCAGCCCCAAGCGAGGGAGGGAGCGCCGAAGCGCCGGCGCCGACCGCAGACGAGGUCGACGAGUCUGCCGUGCGCGUCUAG